CAUACACUUUGCCAUGCUUAAGGAUGUGCUCAAGGGCAGUUCACGCUAGGUAGUAAAAGCACAGUUGUUUGGUAACCCUGCGGCUGGGUGUGUUUUGCGUAGCUGUGACAAGCCAUAGGACUAUCGUCUGUGAAGGCUUUACUAUAGAAAAGCACACAUAAACUUAGAGCAGGCGAAGCGGUUCGCGCGUUCCGAGCAGUCCAUGGCACACUCGCAGCACUCCGACGACGACGAUCAAUCGUCGGCGAGUGGUGCCGUGAGCCAGGAGGCAUCCACGUCUGGACAUCGGGCGCGUUUUGCAAGGAACCUGGGAGGGGGCCAAGACAACAAUGAUGAAGAGCUCCUGGAGCAGCGCAAGACGCUGGAGGAGGCGGUGUUUUCUGCCAUGUACACGCUGUCCAAGGGCAAGGGCGCCGAGAGCUGGAAGCUGGCGGCGGUCAAGGUGGUCCUGGAGGGACUGGUGCCCUUCCUGGUGGCGUUCAACCCGACCAUGCGCUGGCCCAUCCACACCAGCAACCCGGUGUGGCAGGUGGUGCGCUGGGCGCUGCCCUCGUCGCCCAUUGCGCGCAUCUGGGGCUACCAGACGUACGUGACGCUCAUGUACGUGCUGGCGGCGCUCAUCUACACCGUGGCGGCGGCGGUGGCGGCGCUCACACUGGCCAUGCGAAAGCAGGAGCACUCAAAGUGGCUCAACAGGUCGGCGGCACUGCUGCAGCGCUUCACAGACGUCAUGUUUGGCAUGCUGUACGUGUCGCUGUUUGAUUACAUGCUGUUCCUGUUCAAUUGCGACUACGGCACACCCGGCUCGCCGCACAACUACUGGACCAGCGUGUCCUGCUUCACGGGCAGCCACAUGAUCACGCUGGUGGUGGCGGGCGUCACGGCGGCCGUGUUCUUCUUCAUGACGGCACUCAUGCUGGUGGCGGGCUGCGACUUGAGUCCGGUGGCUCACGGCCUCAUGGCCUCGCCCGCCGCCGUGCUGCGGCUGCGUGUGCUGCUGCUCAAGGCGGCCUACGUGGGCGCGGCGGACCUGCUGGGGGAGUGGCGCAAGACGCAGGCCCUGGCCAUGGUGGGCUGUGUUGCGCUGGUGUGCUGGUACAACCUGCGCUCGCUGCCCUUCCUGCGCCCCUACGUCAACGACGCCUGGGGCGGCUGUUGGGCCGCGGUGCUGUACGCGGCCUGCUGCCUGGCGGCCUGGGUGUUCGACCCGCGCCGCGACGACAAGGCGGUGGGGCAGCGGUACUGCAUGAUAGUGCUGUACGGCGUGUUCCCGGCCGCUGCGGCGGGCGCGGCGAUGACGGCGGCGGUGUGUCGCUGGCGGCUGCGGGUGGCGCCGCGCUUCCGGGGGCUUGAUGCGGCGGCGCUGGGGGCGGUCGGGCUGAGGAAGGUGCACAAGUUCGGGCGAGCAGAGGAGGUGGAGGUGGUGUCGCGGGCCAUGCGGCGCUUCGACGCGGAUGGGCAGGUGCUGGUAGAUGCGGCGGCGCUGGGGGAGGCGGUCAUCAAGUGCGGCCUGGCCAUGUUCCCGGGCGAUGUGGGGCUGCUCAUCCUCAACGCCAAUUUCCUGAUGGAGGUGAAGCGGGACGGCCCGGCGGCGCGAACACAGCUGCAGCUGGCGCUCAAGGGGUCGCCCAGUCUCAUCCAGCGCUACCAGAUCUUCUCCAGCGCCGAGACCAGCAAGCGGCUCAAGGAGGGGGCGGAGGGGCACGGCGGCGGCGGCGGCCUGGACCUGCACAGCUAUGUGGAGUUCAAGAGGAAUUACAGGGCGGUCGUACGUGUGCACAAGGCGGCGCUGGCGGCUCAGCGCGACUUCUGGUCGCUGCUGCUGGGCAAGGGCCGGGUGGCGGCGGCGGCGAUGCAGGAGACCCUGGCGGCGGUGGAGGCGGCGGCGGACACAGCGCACCAGGUGUACAGGCGCGUGUUGGAGCGCUACCCCAGCAACGGCAAGCUGCUGCGCUGCUACGGCAAGUUCCUGGAGGACGUGCGCAACGACCCAGUCGCGGCGUCGCGAGCUUACACCGAGGCAGCCCGCAACGGCGGCGCCGAUGGACUGCUGUCGCUGGACCUCAAGAUUACCGGUAGCACACAUUUGUACCGCCUGAGCCCGCCGCUCACACCACCACACUCGCACCACGCACCACGCCUCACGCCUCCUACCACACCGCCGCGCAGGGCGGUCGUACGUGUGCACAAGGCGGCGCUGGCGGCUCAGCGCGACUUCUGGUCGCUGCUGCUGGGCAAGGGCCGGGUGGCGGCGGCGGCGAUGCAGGAGACCCUGGCGGCGGUGGAGGCGGCGGCGGACACAGCGCACCAGGUGUACAGGCGCGUGUUGGAGCGCUACCCCAGCAACGGCAAGCUGCUGCGCUGCUACGGCAAGUUCCUGGAGGACGUGCGCAACGACCCAGUCGCGGCGUCGCGAGCUUACACCGAGGCAGCCCGCAACGGCGGCGCCGAUGGACUGCUGUCGCUGGACCUCAAGAUUGAAGGAAGCGACAAGCCCGACUUCCUGACGUCCAUGGACCUGCACGAGGACGCAUGCAUGGUCAUCAACCACGAGGGAAACAUCAUGAUGGUCAACUCGUGUGUGACGCCGCUGCUGGGCUACCUACGCUCCGAGCUCGAGGGAGCCAGCGUCAGCCUGAUCAUGCCGCAGCCCUUCGCCGGCCGCCACGCCGGCUACAUGCAGCGAUAUGUGCAGGGCGGCGAGCCUCACAUCCUGGACAGCGUGCGCGACGUGGUGGCGCUGCACCGGGACCGUGUGGUGUUCCCGCUGCAGCUGUGCGUCACCAAGCUCUCCGGCAUAGGCACGGAUUCCAUCUUCCUGGGCGUGAUGAGGCCGGCGCCCCUGGACCCGCACAACGUGCGCGCCUGGGUGGCACCCAACGGGCUUGUGCUGUGCACCGACCCGCAAUUCGCCAGCCUGACCGGGCUGACCAGCGAGGAGAUGGUGGGCCGCGCAUUCCAGUCGCUCGCCACCGACCCCGCCGAGGCGGAGGCCAUCGUCGCCCACUGCCGUACCGCGGCGUACGACGAAGUGGCCUCCGGGUCGGCCGUGUACCGCCUGUACCUCGCCCACAAGUUCACGGCUGCCGUACCCGUGGAGCUCAUCGUACGGGUGGGCGGUACGGACGGCCAACGCAUUCUGAUUCUGCACGCGCGCCGCACCGACGGCGACACCGGUGGGCUGCUGGUGGUGGACACGCGGGGUAGCCUGGCGUUUGCGACCUGGGACGUGGCUGCCAUGCUUGGCUACCCACUGCCCAGGCUGCUCAAGAUGCGACUGGGCCAGCUGAUGCCGCAGCCCUUCGCCACGAUGCACGCCAAACACCUGCGGUCGGACCCGCGCACCAGCGGGGGCGCCGCCGCCGCCGCGCCGCCACCCACCAGCUGCCGCGCCGGCGCCCUGGUGCACAUGGUCAACCACCUGGGAGCUAGCGUGCCGGUCCGUCUCAGGGUGACAACACGUGACGAUGUGGAGCUGCCGCUGCUGGAGGCCCGCGGCGGCGGCGGCGGCCGGGCCGCGGCGGCGGCGGGGAUGCCCAGGACCCUGCACGUGGUGCAGGUGUCCAGGGCGGACGCCUCCUCCACCCAGGCGCUGCACAGCGACCGCCGCCUCGUGCUCACCUGCAGCCUGGACGGCACUGUGGUUGCGGCGGACGACUCCGCCGUGUUCGGCUUCACCGGCGGGUCGGUGGUGGGCUCCAACCUUGCGGACUGCAUCGACAUCUUCGCCGAGUGGCGCGACAAGGCGGGCGCGCACCAGACGGAGCUGCUGCUGCUCAGCCUGCUGGACAAGGAGGCGGAGAUGCCGGGCACCAGCUGGCGUGCCAGGGUGCACAGCCCACUCACCGAGGAUGCACUGCCGGACAUCAGCAGCCGCAAGCGGCCGCCGAGGUCGGAGGCGGGCCGCUCCGCCUGCCUGCAGACCGAGCUCAUCGACGUGUCUGACGUGGCGGCGCGGGCGGCGGCGGCGGGCCAGCGCCGCCCGGCCCUGACAGCAGCCGGCGGCUUGGCGGCGGCGGCAGGUGACGACGAGAACAACGCCGGGCCACAGAACCUCGCUCGCAUCAUCCUGUGGCGGCGCGACCUGUUGUGCGGUGUGGUGGAGCUGGACGAGGCGCUGGUGGUGCGGCGAGCUGACAUGGACACCGGGCUCAUCGUGGGGCUGCCGCCCGCCUCCCUCGGCCGCAUGCCGCUGCACAGGCUGCUGGAGGUCCCGGCGGGUGCCACGUGGCAGCAGCUCAUGUCGGGAGCGGCCGACAGCAGUGGCGCCGCCGGCGCCGGUGGGAAGAAGGGCAAGGCGGCCGCUGCCGCGAGGAAGUCUGCGCUCAAGGGCGGUGCGGCAGGCCUGGUGGUGUCGGGCGCGCGUGCCUUCCUGGGCGGCCACCCCGACGGCGGAACCAUGCGGGUGCUGCUGCAAGACACGUCCUACGUGGGCGCCCGAGCCAAUGUGUACAAAGCGCUGGGGCUGGAGGCGCUCAUGCAGCAGCAGCAGCAGCAGCAGCAGCAGCAGCAGCAGCAGCAGCAGCCGCAGCAGGGGACGGAGCAGCAGGGGGCACAGGCGGGCGGCGCGGCAGACGCGGCCGCCGCCGCAGCAGCACGCGGUGACAGCAAGCCGGUUCGCGCGGGCGCCUUCAUGCGCCGGGCGCUGACUGGAGAGGAGGAGGGACUGCUGGCGGGGGUGCCGGCAAUGGGGCCAGAGCGGCAUGAGGAGCGGGCGCCGGCGGCCCAGCAGUCCGACGCAGGCGACGGCAAGGGCGGCAGUAGCCGGCAGCAGCCCAGCUCGCGGCCGUCAGACGAUAGCGCUUUUGGCCUAGGCGGCCUGCUGCUACUGCCGCCGUCGGGCAAGGGCUGUAGCACGGAAGCGGCAGUAGCGGCAGCAGGGGAUGACGACGCGGCGGCUACUGCGGCGCUGAAGGCUGCUGGGGUCAGGGUGGGAGGCUCGGAAAGAGCAGCUGAGGAUCGCGACGAUGACGAGGACGGGGAGGACGAGGAGUCAGGAAAGGAAGAUGCUGCAGAGGAGGGUUUGGCCCUGCACAAGAAAGCACAAAGCCAGUCCGAGUUCGUGGCGCAGUGGGUGCGCACACUGUCACGCCAGAUGCUGGCGCCGCCCUCGGCUCCUGCCACGGCCGCUGAGCCGUCUCUGCCGACUGCUACUGCCACCAACCACCACCACCAGCAGCAGCAGCAGCAGCAGCAGGCAUCCGCCCGCUCACUGCUGGCACCCACUCAGUCGUCCUCACCCGCAGACCCGGACGCUGCGGCGACAGGCACUCCUGGCGGCGGCGGCGGCGGCGGUGAGGCCGCUGACGCCGGCGCCGCCACCAACGCCGACGCAGACGCCGACGCCAACAGGGCACUUGCGCUGCGGAAGCAAACAUCAUCGCAGUCACGCCAGUCGUCACAACACGCACGCCAGUCACGCCGGCAGCAACAGACGGCAACGACCGACGCCGACAGCGCCAGUAGCCAGGGUGACGACGUCAACAGCGAGGACGCAGCCAACGACAAGAACGACGGCAACAGCCCGAACACGGCGGCAGCGCCUCCGCAGGAGAGCCCGACGCCGCCUCCGUCGUCGCCUCCUCGGUAGCCGGCGGCGGCGGCGGCGGCGGCGGCGCCGAGGAUCAGGUUGUGGAUGGGCGGCGGGCGCGGCUGCUGAAGCGGCUGGCGCAUGUGGUGUGGGGCCCGGAGCUGGCGGGGCCUGUGGGGCGGCUGCGGCGGCGCACCGUGGGCGUGCUGCUCGCAAUGCUGCUGACACA